GAUGAAAGACGGCCGACCUUUGGUUUCUGGAGAGGGAUUCAGCUUUUACGACAGCAAGAGCAGAGUGUUGUCUAUCAGCCCUGUCGACAGGAGAGACACUGGAGAGAUUCUUUGUAAUGUCAGCAAUGAUUUCAGUUUUGAUACAGCUAACUGCAGACUGAAAGUCUAUUAUGGACCUGACAAACCAACAAUCAUUCAGAGGCCAAUAGGAGCAGAACUUGAAGAGAGUGUCACUCUUAGCUGCUCUGCUGACUCCCUACCAAAGGCAACUUUCUUCUGGACGUUCAAACACAUGAAGAUGUACGGGCCCCUGCACUACAUCCAUGAGAUGGAGGAGAUGCACCUGGGGAGCUACACCUGUACCGCCCAAAAUGCUGUCACUGGUUUAGAAACCUCUGCGCUCCACACACUGCGUGACUCAUCUACUCCCAUCAUUGGUUCUAUGUCUAUGAUGGUUUGCACCGUCCUGACGUUGAUGGAGCUAAUUUUAGUCUAAAGACUAAGAAUAAGUGUGUGUGUUUUAGAUCAUUCUCUGAGUUCAGCAUUGUUGAUGUGUUUCUUUAAAUGUUAUGUUCAUGUAAAAUAAAGCUGUG